AAAUGCGCAUGCGCUGUUUGGGUACCCUGUAUCUAACCGCCCUUCCUCCCCGCCAACUUGCAGCGCAGGGUCGGGCGGACAUCGACUCACAACAACCCUAACUUUAUUUCUGGGACAAUUAAAAUACCGGCCGACCGAACAUGGAUAUGUUACAGCACGCUGAAAAUGGUGAGAUGGGGGCCGUAUCGAAAUCCGACUUGACUCUUUUACUGCCCUCUCUCCGCCUCUUCAUACCACCAUUGCGCCUGGUGUCAGCAGCAAUGUGGCAGGUGGUUCAGCGGGGAGAAGUGCAAAAUUACGGCCUGGUGGAGGAGUUCAUCAGCAGCAUCUCAGAAAUUGUCCCUGAACUUCUGAACGCUGACCAGAAGGCUCAACUCUUGCUGGGCCUGAGAGCACGGGUGGUUCUGGAACUGUGUCGAUCUGAGCCGGUAGCGCUAAGGGAAACUAUUAACAGCCACCUGAACAGGAUCAAGACCCUUGUGUCCGCCUGGGCGUCACAGCCUUGCUUCGCAGAUGUGGAAUUCCCAGAGUCCGCAUUUGUGGAUCAGAUUGAGAGUCUGUUGAAAGACACGGAGGAAAGAGAAAUGUUCUUCCAGGAUGUGUUCCCCUCCGCUUUUGGACCAGACUACGACAGUGCUCUUCAGGUGUUGAUGCUCGAUUUUCUCUCGAGAUUGGAGAAGCUUCUCCUAGUUCCAGACAUUCAGCAGACUGCCAGCCUGCUCAAUACAAUCCCUUGUGCCCUUGAGCAGUGCUUGACUUCUGUGUCUGACCUGAAAGACUUGAAAUCUGUGCUCCUGUAUUACACCUCACUGGGUCAUUUUGAUUUAUCAGACGAAACACAAACUAUCCCGUCAUCAUUUGGGAACUGCAUCCUUUCCUCGCUGUCACUCCCCCAGCUGGAGAAAGUUGUAAUUGAUGCGGAUCAAUUGCAGUUGCAACCCCCAUCAGAUCACAUAGCCGGGUGCAUGACAGUCCAGGUGGAGGGUGACACCGUCACAUUAUUGGACUACAUUCAUAUUGAGCAACCAUCAGGUUUACUAGACGCUGAUGACCAAGACGAAACCGCGAUUGUGACGGAAACACCGGAGAACACUGAGAGCGCGGAAGCAGACGAAAGUAUGAAGCUUGCUGCCUUUCAACCGCUGAAACAAAGCAAGCGACUACACUUGAAGAGAGAGGCUUUUAAGAACGAGGAGUCUUCUUCUGCAACAGCCAAGAGACAGAGACAGAAACACCCAAGUAACAAGACGUGCCCCGUGUGCGGCAAGACUUUCCUGCGAGCUGCCGCCAUGAGAAGACAUCAGGAGAUUCAUUCUACAAAUCGAGACCUCAAGUACAAGUGUGCCAACUGUGACAAACGAUUCAGGGAUCAGUAUGAUAUGAACAGACACAACAUGCGAGUACAUGAAAAGGAGGAAAUAACAUAUCCCAAGGUCGAUGAGACCUUAGAGCUGGAAAGCUCUGAAAUGCUGGAAAACAAAAACUGCUCUCUAUGUGGGAAGUAUUUUGCCCGGCAGAUGGACAUGGAUCGACACAUGAAGUCGCACUCGGAGGAGCGGCCGUACAAAUGUUCCUUCUGUGAGAAGAGAUUUAAGAACCCCUAUGUUCUGAAGCGCCAUCAAAAGGAGAUAUGCAAGAGCAGAGAGCUGAAAAAGACUCCUGCCGCAGCAAAGCGAAGAGAAGUGCCGUUGCCAAACCCUCAGGUGCCGCCAGAUACGGAGGGCAAGAUGUGCCCCAUAUGCAGCAGGAUCUUGCCGUGUACGGCAGACAUAGCAAAGCAUCUCAGGUCUCACACAGAAGAUCGACCGUAUGUGUGUGUCACAUGUGAGAAGGGCUUCAAGUACAAGGACACAUUGAAAAAGCAUCAGAUAAUUCAUGGCCAUGAAGGGAUCCGGGAGGAAGAGAGCAAAACAGUGGAGCAGAUUUUGGCUGAGGCUGACAUGCAAAAUGUCACCGACCCAAGCAUUCUUGACAAAGUUCAUCCAGAUGCACCUGCUGUUGAAUCAGAGGAACAGCAAGUGCCUCAUAAAAAAGUGAGCAAGAAAAGCCAGAAAGCCUGUCCUGUGUGUGCGCGGCAGUUCGACAGCAUAAAGACCUUGAACAGACACAUCCAGUGCCACACGGAGGAUCGACCCUAUCAUUGUGUCCACUGCAAAAAGCGCUUCAAGCACAUGCACGGCCUGAAACGACACCAGAUUUAUGCAAUUUGUCAUAAGAAAAUAACUCGCUUUCCCUGGAAGAGGGAGCUGAGAGCUGCACCCAGUCACAGUGAGCACACCGAGCAACAGCAGGGAGGAGCCCUGGUCUCUGUGUGGUGCUCCAACUGCGGCAACCAAUUUGAAAACCUGUCCGCUCUCAAGGAGCACCAGGAGAAUGUUUGCAAAGUGGAGCUGCGGGACGUCAUGAAAUGCGAUGACUGUGGGAAAGAGUUCAAGAGCGUGACGAUGUUCAAAGUGCACCAGAGGAUCCACGAUCCUCUGUACUGCAAGGAGUGCGGGAAAAUACUCGCUAGUGAGGCUGCGUUCGAGCGCCACAAGCUCAUGCACAGACCGAUGCAGUGCACAAUGUGUGACAAGACCUUCACCCUCCUGAGGCGGCUCAGGGAGCACUACGAGAAGCAGCAUGACUUCACUGGACCAUAUCCUUGUUUGCAAUGUGACAAAACCUUCAUCCAGCUAUCCUACCUGGCCAUCCACCAGAGGAUCCACAAAGGAGAGUUCCCAUAUCGCUGUGACUUGUGUCCUGAGAAGUUUAGGUCCUCCAACUGUCUGACCGUUCACCAAAGGAAGCACACUGGCGAGAAGCCAUACCUGUGUUGGCAGUGUGGGAAGUGCUACCGCUCGGCCUCUGAACUCACCGUGCACAUGGGGACGCACUCGGAAGAGAAGCCCUGGUCGUGCACGCAGUGUGACAUGGCUUAUCGCACCAAACUGCAGCUGACCAAUCACGUAGAGCAGAUUCACAUCGGCGUCAGGUACCCGUGCAACAGCUGCGGCAAGCAGUUCAUGAAGGAGACGUCUCUGAAGAGGCACGAGCUCAUCCACACAGGUGAGCGGCCCCACCAGUGUACCGUGUGUGGCAAGACCUUCCUGACCGCCAAUGAGCUGCGGCUACACAACAGGUACCACACUGGCGAGAGGCCGUACAAAUGCCAGUUCUGCGACAAAGCCUUCAUCCAGUCGGGGUAUCUGAAGUCGCACAUGCGCAUCCACACCGGGGAGAAGCCUUUCAGCUGCGACAUCUGCGGCAGAGCCUUCCGGAUGUCCUAUCACAUGAAAAAGCACCGGCGCACGCACAACAUGGAGCAGAGCUACUCAUGCGAGGACUGCGGCAUGGUCUUCAACCACAAAAAGUUUCUGUGGGAGCACUCGCUCACUCACGAAAUGAAAAUGGAAACAUCGUUUUCAGAUGAAGUGAGGCUUGAAUUUCAGUAGGACCCUUUUUUUGUCAUUAUAACAGCUUGGCUUCUUUCGGUUUGACCAAAUUCUGAACUUUAAUGAUUGAAAAGACAGAUCUGUGAAGCACUAAAAAUCAUUUCCAACUGGGAACCUUGAAAAUAAAAC